UUUGUGGCGAUGAAAGCACUUUGCUCUCUCCUUUCAAAUGUGGGCAGCUCCUCCCUCCCAUAAUCUCUCCCACCAAAAAAAAGUAUUUAUUGGAUCUCUAAAAUUAGAAAAUUAUUUAGCCACUCAGAGUGAGAACCAUGUGGUCUCAAAUUCUCAUGCAAAUUCUCUUCUAAUAAUCCUAAUGCAGGCAACCCUCCAAUCAGAGCGCUAUCCCACCCCGGAUACCUGAUGCCAGCUUUUCUGAUAAUGUAGGCCACUGAAGCAAAUCCAGAGAGACUGUAUCGGAAGAUGGAGUAGCAUCCGAGAUUGGUCACUCUGCUACUUUUUUCCCCCUUUCUUUGCUGCCAUGCAACAGUGCUGAAUUUUCAACAUGACUUUUAGCUAAACCAUUCCUGCCUGGACCAAACUGAAGACGAAGUUCAGUUUUUUUAAAAGCAAAAAUUAAAUUAAGACAGAACCUGGAUCGAGGAAGAAGAACCAGGGACAGAGGUGCACAUCCAUGAAAGCAUGAGGUGGCUCUUGGGCAGCAGCUGGAAGAAAUUUGGACAUGCAGACAGGGGAAACUAUGACUGGUUAACUAGUGAACCAGGGGUGCCAUUGAUGGAAACACAGCUGCAGAGUCAGCACAAAACAAGCUCGACCAAAGAAGAUAUAGAGCCAUUCUUAUGCAUCAUCCUUCCAGCUACCAUGAUGCUCUUCCUGGCAUUCCUGCUGCUCUUCCUCUACAGACGCUGCCAGCAUCGCAGCCCACAGGCUCAGAUCUUCAGCAUCGACCUUCCAGAAUCCCUUCCGGAGCACGAAGUGACUGACUUCCUCUCUGUGCUGCCCUGGAGCAGCGAACAAAGCUUUCACUACUCCACGCUUCUCCCCGAGGCGGCCUUUCUCACGGUAUGCUUGCCUCCAUCUUACGAAGAGGCCACCAUGAAAGCCUCUAUGGAAGAGGACCACAUUCAGCUCUUUCGGGACCCAGUGCCUCCUUAUGAAGAAACCAAACAACAGUAAACCCAUGAAAAAAGCUUUUGGUUGGAGCUUGCAUCCUUUGUUUCUCUUUCUUAAGAAGAAGAAAAAUUCUCAUAAACAAGGAAAUAGUUAUAAGCACAAAAACAUUGACUGAUUAUUUUAUUCAGUUAUGAAAGUUUGAAACAGCAAAGAAAACAAACAGGUCCACCAGACUGCUAUGUAAAAUGAAUUCUCUGCCUCAAACUUUUCUGCACAGAUUUGUUUUAAAAUGGCUCCAUCUGAAUUAUGCUGGAGAUAUUAUUGCAAAGGCAGACACCCACAUUUCUGAAAGGGCUUAAUCAUUUU